AGAGCCUUCAAAAAACUCCAUCUCUUUUGCGCACCCCAAAUCCCUCGCGCGCUCUUCUCCUCUGACGAUGCAAUGGCGACUCUCAGGCGAACUCUUCUCCGAUUCCAUCAAACCCUAUCCCUAAUCCCUCAUAGAUCCCCAAAUUCCCUUCCCAGAUCAUCACUUGCUGGAUUGGCAUCUCGAUUGUAUUCGGAUCAUGCAUCGAUUGACGUGGAUCUAUCCACCGAGGAAGCCCAGCGCCGCCUCCGCAAUAGACUGUUGUAUAGAAGCAGGCAACGUGGGUUUCUCGAGUUGGACUUGGUUUUGGGAAAUUGGGUGGAGGAGAACAUCAGGUCUAUGGACGAGCUGCGGAUCAGAGCCCUCAUGGAUGUUUUAGACUUGGAAAAUCCUGAUCUGUGGAAGUGGCUAACUGUGCAGGAGCAGCCGCCGGAGGCAGUGAGCAAUAAUAUUGUAUUCACUGCUAUCCAAUCUAAGGUUUUGCGAAAUCUGGACAAGCAUUCUUCCCCAGAGACUCGUGCAAAUCCAGGUCAGCCAUGGGUACGAGGAUGGGAUGAUAAGCGUGGACUAGAUGGUCCUAAAUAUGGAAAUCAGUAAACCUGAAUAUUCACACUUUUAAUCACCAACAUGACCAAGUAAGAAAGUCUUUUGUGCUUGAACUUACAAUGAUCAUAAUAAAUGCUUCUGUCUUUGUGCCUGCCUUGCUCAGUUAUGCCUGAAGAAUUUAACCAAACAUUUAAGAUAUAGAGCCUGUCUGAAAGAUAUUAUCAGAUUCCUAUUUCCAGGCUCAUUUAUGCAAAGAUAUGUUGUCUUAUUGCCAUCUGAUUAUAUAUAUAUAUAUAUAUAUAUUUGAUA